AUUAUCCAGACCAAACAAAAAAAAAAUGUAAAAAAAAAAAUAAAUAAAUAAAAAUCCAAAGUGACAUUUGACAGCGGGCCAGGCACUUAGAGUAUCGAUUAUGUUUAGCGCAUUGAUUACUAAUUUCCGAUAUAUAUUUUGUUUCUUUCCAGACUCAACAGUUUUUGUCUAAAGCAUUACAGAUUUGAUAUUUGUAUUUUUUUAAAUAUUUUGUGUGACUGCAAGACACCAGGUCGACUUGGUCGUGUUACAUUGUAUCGCCUGUAGCAACACUUACAGUUCUUCAAAGCCAAGGAAAUAGUAUUCAUGGAUGUGAGUUUUGGACCUCAAGACUCGUUGUCGAGAAAAAUGAGAUGUCAGCAAGUUUGUAAUUGUCGUCAGAAUGAAGUCUAGGACUCUUGAAUAAGAGUCAGGGGAAGCUUCUUUCCCCCGGCUUGUUGGAGCAAUGUUCUGUCUGGGAGAGAUUCAAGCAGAUGCAAUAUGUUACAUCCCUAAAUAGAAGCAAGGCCGAGCACUCCGGGGAAGCUUCCCCAUUUUCCAGUAUUUUCCUUCUCUCUGGUGGAGCCUUUGGUUGCUAAAGGCUGGCAUUUAUAAUUCAUCUUUUAUGGGCUAAGGAGGCGCUGUGGUUGAGUGGUAAAGCGCUUGGCUUCCGAACCGGGAGUCCCGGGUUCGAAUCCUGGAGAGGACUAGUAUAUUUUACUUCCGGAAUCUUUAGGGCACCUUUGAGUCCACACGGCUGUAAUGGGUACCAGACAUUAGUUGGGUGGUUCUUUGUUGUGUGACCACAUGACUACCUCGUUAACCGUGUGCCACAGAAACAGAUGACCUUUACAUCAUCUCCAUUUACAAAUGUUCUUGAUAGGCCCUAUCUUUCAAGUAGCCUUACAUGAAAUUUAUGACUAUCAUCUUUGUUUCUUUAGAAACUCUUUCCCUAAUUAGUUAUGCUGUGAAUAUAUUCGUUCGCUCUAGUCCUUUUUUAACAAAUAAAAAUAGAGACCUAGCACUUCAAGAAUCACAAUUUCUAAUUUCUUUUGUAACGUACGUUGUUUUUGUUUGUUUUUAAGUUGGAAGCACGGAAGUUCAAUUUAGUUUGCCUGACAUUGAUAUUAUUCUAAAGCGAUCACUGUGUCGACAUCUUUGCUUGGAUACCUUUACCUGACAUUGGUGGACUGGUAGCUGUGCUGGUCUUAUGGCAAGAAAUCAAGGUCACGUUCAGAGCAGUAAUUAAAAUGUGAAAUUAUCCAUUGUGCUUUAGUUUUGCAAUUUUUUUCUUUUCAGCAGCGACGCCUUUUGUUAAUAAUUUUAAUAAUAAUACGUUUUAAAGAACCGGCACUAUCAUUAAGCACAGCGCCCUCUGUUGGCCUGACGCUGGAACCACUUUGGAGACCACUACGUCUUCAUCAAAUGAACAUCUCAGACCACGUGACAGCCAACUGCGCAGCGGAGCUAGGGGAGAGAAUAACAAAAGGACUGGUAGAGUUAUCUUCAGAAAGUCAUGCGUACAAAUAAUAUGCAUGAGGUGACGUCUGUACAGCACAGAAGCGAGACAAUGUAUAGAUUAUUUGUGCUGUUCUGCUUAAUCCAUCAGGCAUGGACAAGUACCAAUAUAUGGACUAUACCAAGCACAGCUGAGCAAGUCAACGCACAAACAACAAUUCUGUUGGUCAGGAACUUGAUGACAUGGUAUGACGCAGCCGUGGCGUGCAGAAGACUGGGAGCGACCCUGACGAGAAUAGAGACGGACUACUUCCAAGAGAAGAUAACAUCCUUCGCUCAAAACGACUGGGCCAAAGACUGGGGCAAUGCAUGGUUUGGAUUGGCCUGGCUAGCGUCAACAGAUGGCCAGUAUUUGGCAUGGGCAGACAACUGUCAAAGUUUUAACGCUUCCGCCUGGAACAUGUUCGAAACGUCUGCCUCCAGCAAUUUCAAGUCCAAUAAUGGCUGCUAUGCAUUAGAUAAAGAAAGUCUGUUGUGGAUGAGAAAAAGUUGCGGCAUGAAGAAAAAUUUCUUGUGUUCCAGAGUGGAGGCUUACAAUGUCACUAACAUCAAUCUGUAUAGCACCUUGGCCAACACUCAGAUGAUUGCAGUCAACUUGAGCAAGUCUUCGCCUUCUGACUGCAGAAAUAUGUGUGACAGAAUCCUCGGCUGUUACGUCACUUCCUACUUAGGUAACUCUACGUGUGUUUUGGGCGUCCUUAGCAACACGUCCAAUACCUACAUCAAACCGGAAAUCCUUAUUGCUGAUGUGUACACAUUCAAUGAUACUCAACAACUUGACAUUGAAACGGCAGGCAAUACCAAUGUCACUCUGUGCACCUCCAACAAUGCCAGCAGCAGUACCUUGACAGAUAGCGCUGUAUCCCUGAACGACCUGGACCUACUGGUAUCAAACGACGUUUGUUCUUACAACGAAACAACGUCACCAUCUCAAAGUAGUUCAACGUUGACAGCAGAAUAUUUUAUAUCAGACUCGUCGUCUGCUACUACCACAAGCUCAGACCAGAGUAGUGACGCAGAGCAGAGUACACAGAUGCUGAUGACGUCAACUGUUCAUGUGCAGAACGUCAAUUUUACCCUUGAAGAAAGGGAAGCCCUCAUCAACGCCAUAGUUAGUAAACUUAUAAUCGACGUCAAGUCAACGUUGAAGUCCCAGUCUCUGCUCUACAGCGCCGAGGAUCGACGGCCGUCCGCACAGGCUUUAGGUUAUGUCGCAAUUGGGAUCAUUGUGUUCGUCCUAUGUGUUAUAGUUGCCAUUGACGCUCCGAAUGUGUAUUAUCUCUUGCGAACACAACAGAAAAAGUUGUUUAAUAGAUAGAAUACAUAAAAACGAGAAAAUUAAAAAAAAAUACUUUAAAAAAAAAAAAAAACUACGUACUUGCAUCAAUUAGUUUGGAUCAGUCAUGUCAUUAAAUUUGUAAUAGAUCUCGACUAACAAUAAAAAGCAUGUAUAAAUUGGUUUAAAAAUGGUGAACGACCUGAAUUCGAACUCAUGGCUCAAGCCUUCUCAGGCCAACACGGUGACAACUCUGCUAGUGAGGAGUCUAUGAACAUGGGAGAUUGUAUAGUUGUCUAUUGUUUCUAUAGUCUCGACCUAUUUGUCAGGUUUUUAGACUCAGACGACGACCUAUAAUGGUCAUCAUUCAUCUUAUACCAACACUUCAAUCAAUUACAAUUUCUUUCCCUUGUUCUAGAUACCAAAUAAAGUAAUGAAUUACCUAUAGUUAAUUAACUAAUUGGUUAAUUGUUGAUUGUGUUGUCAGGUAAAAGAAAUAAUUGUAAAAAAUGUCAGCUUUAUCCGAGAUUGGGUGUGGGAGAAAUCAUGCAUUCAAACUUUUUACCAGACAGACAAACAGACUGACUUGAUAGAAGCUUUGUAAUAAAACCGUUACUAAACGACUUACAACUUCCUAAGCUGAUUUUCUUAAGUCCUAGAAUUCUAACAUUAAAUAACUAUUUUUGGGGGGGGGGGAGAAACGUUUUCUAGUGUUUUUAUUGUUUGAUUACUAUACACAAACCAAAUGUAUUUAAUAAUUUAAUUCCAUUCCGAAGAUUAAGGAUGAGAAGUGUUUCACGUGGCUGCGCAAACCCAGUUGCGAUCUGCAUAGUUUUCUACAUCUGAUGUAUACAAAGCCGUUGUCCGUAGGGGGGUCUUUUUUUUUCUGUGCGUCUUCUACGCCUGUACUCUAGUAGGGCUUUCCUGUUGAGGGCUUUCCUGUGGGGGGCUUUCCUGUGGGCCUCAAAUGUGUGUCCCGCGGAUUUCGUGAGAGCUCUCCAAUUGUCAGAAGCUACCUUCUGCCAGCUACUUUCCUCUAUGCCAGUGAGGGCAAAAUGGCGCCUGAGUUGAUCUUAUAGCGCUUACGGAGCACCUCUGUUACAUUUUUGGUAUGCGGUCGCCCCCCCCCCCCCAUUCAGGAUAAGAUCCGACCCAGCUUAUUUUAUGUGUACUUAGUAUAAGACUUAAUGUGCCCUUUUUGCUUCGCAGAAUAAAGAUUAACUGCCGUCCCUAAUUCUGUAGGCUACUGGUUAACUAACAAAUAAUAAACAAUUUCUCUAUACUAAAAAGAAUAGCAUUCAUCUUACAUCACUAUUCAUUCUUAGGCUUUAGAUGUAGAUCUACCUAUAUUAAUUUUCUUCUACAAUACAGAUUAAGAGCACACUAAAUAUAAUGUAGCAUUUUUUUUACAAUGCCUCCCAUUUCUCAUUACUAUUAUCUUGAAAACUCUUCAUAGGUUCAAAAAGUAUUUGGGUGAGCACUGACUGGAACGGAAACUGAACCGGGUAUUUUAGAAACCGGCUCUGAGGAUUUUCCAAGACAUUUGACAUAUUAUGCUUAAUCUUAAUAACUAUUAAAUAGGUCACACAAUGAAAACUGGUUUGACAAUUAUAAUUGUUCAAAAUAUUAUCUUCUGAAAUUAAAUUUUGCUUACGUCUUUUUAUUUUGAACGCGGCUUUCGGGUAGUUCCGAAAUCGAUUUUUUUUUAAAAAGUUUGUAUUCAGUAAAGAGUUGAACAAAUAAAUAAUAAUAAUAAUCUUUAUUGUCCGUAUGGAAAUUUGUCUUACAAUUUGUGCAUUACACCAAACAAAACUUUGUAAAUUGAAAAAAACAAAAUGUACAUUCACACCAGAUUCACUCAUAAUUUACAUGUGAAAGUUUAUAUCAAAUUGUUUCUAUUUAAUGAUUUGAUUGCCAGGGGAACAAAAGAGUGUUUGUGUCUGUUUGUCUUUGCUAUCAAUGUCUUGUAGCCUCUGGUAAAAUCACAAAAUCCUGGCCCAAAGGGUGAUUUUUUAUUUCUUGAAUCUGUUUAGCUUUUUUAUGGAUGUUUUUCUCAAACGAUAGUAAUGAGAUGUCUCUAAAUUUCUCCAAAUAGACGAAUAUGAACAUUUUGAGCACUGUCUUAUUUAGAAACCACUAGCUGGACCAUGCUGGACCAUGGACUGUUCAAAGGAAGAACUCAAGUUUGCAAAGCUCACUGGAAAAGACUCCUACAAUAAUGAAGUAUUACAUGAGUUAAAUAGAGCUAGAAAUAACAGACCAACAUCAGAUUCACGGAAGGAAUUUAUGUGACUUGUUACCAAUUGAAAUGAAUGGUAAAAUUCAGCAGACAAAUGUAUGUUACCUUCCAUGGCUCAUUGUAAAGUUUUGGUCUCAGCUAUUGUAAAGCAAGGAAUGAUAAUUAGGGUAUUGAUCUUAAAAACAAGAAAAACAUGUUCAAAAAAUACUUUAAAAAGUACUUUUAAAAAAAAAGAAAGCUAAUAUUAAGUGUAAUGGUAUCAAUUAAUUUGGAUAAGUCAUAAGCGGUAAACCUAAUAAAUCUGAAUGAUUAGAAAUAUUUUUUUUACCAAAAUUCUUUUUGUUUAGCUUUUAGCUUUCUCACUGCGCUAUGAUCAAAUCACUUGUCUGGACCAGUUGUGAAAGGGGGAGGGAAGAAGUGAGUUUCUUGGAGAAUGUUUACAUGAUCGUUUUUUUAAAUACAUAAAAAUGUUCACUCAAGAAGACUCAAUGGGACUAAUUCAGCUUGACACAUCUGUCAAGUACAACUUCUUUCCGUUGUUUAAGAUACUAAACAAAAAAAUUAAUACCAAAAGUUAAUUUAGUAAUGGACCUCAUUCACCAAUUGUAAAUAAACACAUUUACCCACGUCAUAAUAUUGAUAAAAAAAUGAAAAAUACGUAUCAUGUGACAGCCUUUAUGGAUUACAUAAUUUGUAUAGAAGAUAUAUAGAAUCACGUGGCUAAAUGUUGUU